AUGAAGAUAGUAGGAUGGAUCCUCCUUCUCGCCCUGACUCUGCCACUAUCUGCUGUUUCAGAAUCCCUAAGUGACAUCGUGAAUGACCCACUUCCUUGGGAUGUCGAGAAAUGGAAAUACUCAUCCAAAGAUUUUAAAGAAAUUAUGAAGAAGCCUGAAGUCCCUAGUGCUGGGUGUAGUAACAUCGCCGCUGACUGCCGUUGCAACUUCUUAGCAUUGUUGGGCAGGUGUGAAUCCCAAACGUACCAUGUGUGGAUGAAGGAACAAUGUGCAGCCAGCUGCGGGCAUUGUGUUGGAGAGUCCAUUGGGAGCCAGUGCCAGGACAAGUAUAAGGGGGGCUGUAAGAAGUGGGCAGGUCGUGGUUUACAUCUGAGGCUGCAGUUUCAGUAUUUCAUGGCAUGUAAGUGCCCGACGGCGUGCGGAAUCUGUAUGGAAGCGACACCAGAACCAACAACAACGGAACUAGCAACAACAGACGUAACACCAGUUACUACGCCCAAGGUCAUUGAUGAGGAGGACUGUCUGAGGCUCCACAAUGAGAAGAGGAGUCACCAUGGGGCAGCACCCCUGACGUGGUGUCAAAAGUGUGCAGAUUUUGCAAAAGAACUUGUAGAGAUGAUGCAAGAUGGCGAUAAACCAUUGCUACAUUCAAGCAAAAAAGACCGUAUUUGGCUUGUUGGUGGUAAAUUAGUCUUGCACGGAGAAAACCUGCAGUACGAGUAUCCCCAGGUAGACUGUGCGAUAGCUUUGGAGUCCUGGUACGGCGAAAUAGAUCUAUACGAUCCACGCCAUCCUGUUAAGUCCUUAGGGCAAGCCGGUCACUUUACACAGGUCAGAGAUGUAAAGUCUUAAA